AUUUGAUUUUUUGCCACCGAGUGACAUAUUUCUUUGUGAAAAAGUUAAUCAAAUUGCCAUCUUUUAUCGGGUCUGGUGACAAAUUCUCAAUUUUAUCGGGAAAUCAGAGAAAGAAAAAAACCGCAUUUGGUUUCACUUUUCCCCAACACAUGGGUGCCGAUGGCGGCAGCGGCGGCCGGAAGGGCUCGUCGCCGGCGAAACCAGUGGACGGCUGGGCGGCGAACUUGCUCGCCGGCCUCCCCUCCCGAGGCAACUUCUCCGAGAGCGACAUCGCGUCCAGCAUGGGAUGCCUCAAGGUUUAUCUCUGCCUGCACGACACGGCUCCUCCAGAGGGACAAGUUGUAAAGACGGACACAAACAAUAUUUUGAUCAGAGCUCUCCAAUUGAACAAACAGAAAAGUGAGACCAAAGAUGCAAGCUGUAAGACACCAGGAGAAAGCAGCAAGAGGAAAAGGAAUGCUGCAAGAAAUUUAGAUGGCAAGAAUCCAUCAAAAAGAUCCAACAUUGGUAGCUCUGCAGGGUCCUCUGCCCAUGAAGAAUCAUCAUCUGGUUUUUCUGAGCAGACGCUUCAGUCAUUUACAGUGGAAAAGUUGCGUUCUCUUCUAAAAGAGAGAGGCCUCUCACCAAGAGGCAAGAAGGAUGAAUUGAUUGCUCGCUUAAGAGAGGCCUCAGGUUGAUUUGAACUCCAAUCUUGUCGUUCUCGUGCCAACCACAUCUGGUUGGAUGUCGCUGAAUUCUGAAGAGCAGAGUGAAUAUCCUGCUAUUAGUAAUGCUAACUGUCUUGUUUAAACUUCCGGAGGUGUAGUGAUUUACUUCAGUACUUAUACUUGGACCGAGCUUACCUCAUGAGAUGUGAGAAGCUUUUGAUGUUUGUACUUCCAGCUGGUGAAAUUCCUGCUGCAGAUAGUGCAGAAAUGAGGAAUUGGCUGACAUUUUCAAAUGUACACCUCUUUGUGGAUCACUGUUGCAUUUUUACAAUUCGUAAUCUGGAAGACUGGAAACAUGAUUGGUGACUGAUUGGAAACAUGAUUAUUGACUGAUUGCAGUUAGAAAUUUAA